AUGACUAAUGGAAUAAUAUCAGUUUCUAAUUGCGUGGGUAAACAUACUAGCACCGUUGAUAAUGGUCUGCAUGUUGGGCAUAUCCGUAACUAUACUAUCACUGACGCUCUGGCUCGCUUUUAUCGAAGUAAUCCGAUUUUGGUCUUUGAGUUCUGA